GUAGAACCGCCGCUAUAUAAAUAAGAAGAAAAAAUCUACGAUCUUCUGUGGACCACACUCAACAAAGCAGACACGUGACAAACGAAAUAUCCGUCAUCAGUGGAAAGAUUCCAUCGGAGCACUACGCGUGUCGAGAACCUUCAACGUGAUUCUGCACCCUCAUCGGUCACGUAUGGGUCAUGUUCAUCGACCGACCAUUCGAUCGCCAAUAGAGAAUCAUCAAGCUGAAGAAAGUCCUGACAAAAAGACGAGGAGCCAUUGCCACAAUCAAUUGCCGCAACUCCAACGCCGAUUCCGACGAAUUUUAUUCUUCGUUCCCAUACCCUCGGUCAGCUGAGCCAAACCGCGAGCAUUUGGACCUGAGAUUUUUCUCCCCGUCUUGAGGAAUAUCGAUCGGGUGAAACCGCGUCGAUAAGAAGAUACAAAGAUGACGGUUGGACUUAGAACUGUGGGGUUAAUGAAGAUAACCCGGAGCCUCCGGCGUCGUCUUAAUGAGAGAAUGGUUAGCGACGAUUUACUUGCCGAUGGGCAGGAAAAAGUCCGGCGAAUUCCCCUCGACGUCGAUACCAACAUGUUGAAAAUUGGAUUCCUGGGGGGUGGAAAAAUGGCCCAAGCCCUUGCGAAGGGCUUCAUCGCUGCCGGACUGAGCAAGGGUGAAAUGAUCCUGGCCAGUUGCCUACCGAGUGAUAAGGGUAGCAUCGAUGCCUUCGGGGAAAUGGGCUCAAAUACCGUUUUUGCCAGUGAGCCAGUCGUCGAUCACUCCGAUGUCGUAAUUAUUUCUGUCAAACCUCAGGUCGUACCGAAAAUAUUGCCUGAGGUGAAGGAUCCAUCGAAACUUGUACUUUCCAUUGCUAUGGGAAUAUCUUUAGAAACUCUCGAAAAGGGACUUCCGGAAGGAACGCCGGUAGUCAGAGUAAUGCCGAAUACGCCGGCUCUGGUGGGACAAGGGGCGACAGUUUUUGCUCGUGGUAAAAACGCGGGGGACAAAGAAGCAGAAGUGACGGAAAAACUGUUCUCAGCUGUUGGACUUUGUGAGGAAGUUGACGAGAACGUGAUCGACCCGGUCACAGCACUCGCUGGCUCCGGCCCGGCUUAUGUUUAUAUGAUGAUAGAAGCGCUUGGUGACGGUGGCGUAAAGAUGGGACUUCCGAGACAGCUCGCUUACAAACUGGCAGCUCAGACGGUUUUAGGAGCUGGCAGCAUGGUUCGAGAGACCGGUACUCAUCCGGCGCAGCUAAAAGACGACGUAGCGUCACCAGCCGGCUCAACAAUCACAGCGAUACAUCAUCUGGAGAAGCACGGAUUUAGGUCGAGCGUUAUCGGUGCAAUUGAAGCUGCGACGUUACGCUGUCGCGAAUUCAGUAAGAAAAGUUGAACGGAAAGUCGACUCUGAAGCAGCUAAUCCUUGACUCAAUGUAGUUUUUAAAUUUCUAUUUCAUUUUACAUUCGUAGUCAAAAAAAUAAUGUAAUUGUCAGUUUUUCAUCGAUUCAAAACUCAUAAUUGAUCGGCUAUAAAAUGGUAUUGCAGUUGAGAAUUUCUGUUGAAGACAGAAACAAUUUCUUGGACCAACAUGAAAUUCGAUACCAAUGAAUGACGUGAAAAAUUUGUGUCGAAUGCAUUUUCAUUUGGAACACAGAACGUCUACUGCAGAAUCAAAAUUUUAAGUUUUUUUUUAUAAUGAAACUGUUCAGUGCUAAAAACCUUGAGAUCAUUGAACCUAUAAAUAUUAAUUUGUCUCUAAUGAAAACUGGGAGCAGCCGAAUGAAAACUAUGCACUGUGAGCGUUACGAAUAGUCAACCUUCGAAAUGGUGGUAUGAGAUAAAAGUUAAAAAAAAAACUAAAAAACAUUGUAUCGUCGUAUACGAAUAA